CAUUACAGAGACUGGCUCCCACUUCGCUCUGGCGGGCGCGCUCGGUCCGUCCCUCUCCACUUUCUGCCGGCCCCUGCCCCGGGAGAGAGAGACGCGCACGGGCCCCGGGAACUCGUCCUACAGGCUUCCAGCCGCGCCUCGCCACCUUCCCGUCGGCCAGCCCAGGAGAGGCGGGAGACGGUGCCCUGGGACCGCGCGCGCGUGGAUUGCUGGUGGCGCCCCUAAAGCCAGGGAGCAGCGGCACCUGGGGAGGCAAAAGGGGCCGCCGCUGCCGGGUGUCUCUCCUCCAUGGGGUGCUCCAUCCCCGGCCUGCAGCGGGCGGCUCUCGGCGGCUGGGCUGGCCCCCUUUAGGGGUUGUGAAUGCGGAGGCGCCUCGGGCCGCUGGGACGCCUCGAGAGAGAGAGAGAGAGAGAGAGAGAGAGAACUCUUCCUGGCUCGCGCCGCCCGCGCGCGCCGUGAUUUCAACACCCGCGCCCGGGGUUUUGCUUUUCCUCGUGGCUCUCACGCCGCCCGGGCGAGCCGGGCGCGGCGCAGAGGCGAGAGCGGCGCUCCGGGGAGAGCUCGGGCGGGAGAGGACAAAAGCAAAGAGUCUUGGAAUUAAAGAGCAAUUAUGCCUCAGCUGCCGGGAGCCGGAGGAGGCGGUGGGGGGGAUCCGGAGCUGUGCGCCACAGAUGAAAUGAUCCCUUUCAAAGACGAAGGCGAUCCCCAGAAGGAGAAAAUCUUCGCGGAGAUCAGCCACCCGGAGGAAGAAGGAGAUUUGGCCGACAUCAAGUCCUCUCUCGUUAACGAGUCAGAGAUCACCCCCAACAGCAAUGGGCAUGAGGUUUCCAGGCAAGGCCAAGCUCAGGAAUCCUAUCAUGACAAAGGCAGAGAACAUUCUGAAGAAGGAAAACAUCCGGAUGGUGGUUUAUACAGCAAAGGCCUAUCAUACUCUGGUUAUUCUGGGUAUAUCAUGAUGCCAAAUAUGAACAAUGAUCCCUACAUGUCUAAUGGAUCUUUGUCUCCACCCAUCCCUAGAACAUCAAAUAAGGUUCCAGUGGUGCAGCCUUCCCAUGCGGUUCACCCUCUCACGCCACUUAUCACUUACAGCGACGAGCACUUUUCACCAGGGUCACACCCUUCACACAUCCCCUCAGAUGUCAACUCAAAACAAGGCAUGUCCAGACAUCCUCCAGCUCCUGAUAUCCCUACCUUCUAUCCCUUGUCUCCUGGUGGUGUAGGACAGAUAACGCCACCUCUUGGCUGGCAAGGUCAGCCUGUAUAUCCCAUCUCGAGUGGAUUCAGGCAGCCCUACCCAUCCUCACUCUCAGUCGACCCUUCCAUGUCCAGGUUUUCACAUCAUAUGAUUCCUGGUCCUCCAGGCCCUCACACAACUGGAAUCCCUCACCCAGCUAUUGUAACACCUCAAGUCAAACAAGAACAUCCACAUACUGACAGCGACUUAAUGCAUGUGAAGCCUCAGCACGAACAGAGAAAAGAGCAAGAGCCGAAAAGACCUCACAUUAAAAAACCUCUGAAUGCUUUUAUGUUAUACAUGAAAGAAAUGAGAGCAAACGUCGUAGCAGAGUGUACUCUGAAAGAGAGCGCAGCUAUCAACCAGAUUCUUGGCAGAAGGUGGCAUGCUCUCUCCCGUGAAGAACAAGCUAAAUAUUAUGAACUAGCUCGGAAAGAAAGGCAGCUACAUAUGCAGCUUUACCCAGGCUGGUCUGCAAGAGAUAACUAUGGGAAGAAAAAGAAGAGGAAGAGAGAGAAGCUACAGGAGUCAACAGCAGGUCUUAAUAUACUGAUCAUUCUUCUCUCAAAGAAGCUGCUGGAGUCUUGGCUGCCUAGAGGUGGGAAAAGAAGUACUUUCUCAACAUGCAAAGUAAAGGCAGCGACGCCGGGACCCCUUCUGGAGAUGGAAGCUUGUUAAAACCCCAGGUGUGUCCUUCAUCUGUACAGACCACCCCCAGGGUCUUUCUAGGAGGUCGAAUUCACCAUGAUGUCACUGCUAAAGACACUGAAUCAUAAAGACAAUCACUGCCAAAACCCUUCACUACCACAGGACCCCAACCCUGAUUUAUAAAAAGGAACAAAUGAGCAUUUCAGAACUCCCAGGUCAGCAGAACAUCUUUCAUCUUCUCCUUGCACUCCUAAGCCUCUCUCUCUCCAUACUGAGUCGGCAACAGGUAGGUCAGCUGUCUCUGCCUGCUUCAGACAACUGAAUAAUGUAGACUAACAGCUACCCCCGUAUAGCACAUUGAAGAAUGGAAUUCAUCUGGUUGAGGAAGACGCUCACCCUUUUUUUAUUUAAUGGUGCAAAAGGAUCAAUUUUGUUUUAGCUUUAAGAAACUUGAAUGCUUUUAUAUUUUAACUUUUUAGUUUCUAAUGUCACUGGUGUAUAUUUUACUAGCUGUGAGCUUUUAAAUAAGCUUCAAGUAUCUGAUUUUUUUAAAGGGUUUUUUUUUCUGCCAGAGGAAAAAACCUGUAUGGAAAAUGUGGCUUUUUGUUAAACUAUUUGUAACAAAUAGUGGCCUCUCAGUCUAUGUAAUAGAGUGUCCUAGAGAACUAAAUAAAUGUAACAUCACAGUCAGCUGGUCAGUAGACAUGUCACUCCUGUUUCAUUUACACUCUAUAAACAUAAGCAAUACAUCCAGUAAAUUCAACUGCAGUGAGUUCUCACCCCUUUCCCUCCUCCUUGUAAAAACAAAAAGCCGAGCACUUGAAUUUACUUCACUUGUUCUGUAUUUGUAUCUGUUUGUUAGCCUGUUAGUGGGAUUUUAUGCCAGUUACUGAAAUGAGCAUCGAUGUACCCAUUUUUAAAAUAGUAAGGCACAGCCUUUGCCAAAAAUACUGUCAACUGUAUUUUUUUUGUCAUUCCAGUUUGAGUUAAUGUGCUGAGCAUUUGUUUUUUUAAUAAAAGCUUUGUAAUAAAACAUCA